AGGAUUACUUGAAAAACUACAUCGAUUGCUCGGCGUGUGUUUGAAUGGCCUUUCAGGGGCGUUUAAUCGAACACCGAUUUAAUCGAGCAGCUCGUCCUCUUGUUAGUGUCAAAAUGCCUCUCGGUCGGUUAUUACUGCGAACUUCGACUUUAAAUAAAAUCGUGAGCAGAAAUGCUUUCACCGCAUCCAAGCCGGAUCCUUCCAAGCCGAACUUGCUGAGAGUGGGUCUAGCCUUCGGGACCACAGCUCUCCUGUGGACUAUGCUGUUCAAAAGGCACUGGAGCGACGUGCAGGAAUAUAAAGCCAGCAAUGGACUGGAGUAAAGUAUUUGUUUCCUGGACCAGUUUUGUUUCACUGCUUCAGUGUCAUCUAUAGUCAUGUAUAAUAAAGAUGUAAAUGUGUUCAAUA